GAUGUCAAGCUUACAAAAGAAAACUUGGCAUUCGACUCUCCUGUACCUAAGACAAUACUUCGUAAUAUUUCUUUCGAAUUCAGCAAAGAAUUUACAUAUAUAAGAUACACCACAAUUACAUGCGAUCCAGAUGAGUUUGUAGGAAAGAAAUAUAUAAUUCGACAAAAUGAUUAUAAUACUUUAAAUGUUUUAAGUGCUAUAAGAUGUUAUCAAGAUGGAAUUAUGCAAGAUAGUGUCAGAAGAAAACCUAUCACUGUGCAUCUUUUUGAAUACACUACACAAUUAAUAGUGGAUAAUGAUUUUAAGGUUCAAGGAAAAAACAAUAAUAUUCCACCAGUUCAAGUUAUGUUCUGCUUAAAAGAAAAAAAUGCAAAGAAAUUGAAUUCUCAUCGUUGGUCUUUCAACGCUUUUGCUCCUCUUUUGGGUCCAAAGAUUUUGCAUAGUUACUCAUUUAUUUAUUUGAUAUAUCCGGCUUUUAAUCGUAAUUCUGAUAUUGGUAGUGCCUGUGGAGAAAUAAAAGUAGACCUUGGUCAUAGAUGGAGAAACCUUCUUAAUCCUUUAGUUGCAUCUCAAAAUUUUGAAUAUAAAAUGUCUAAUAUCUUAGACAAGCCAUUUGAAUCUGCUUGGUUAUAUUUUAGUGAGACCAUGCAUGGUUCAGGUGUUUCUAAAACUGAAAUUUUUGAAGCAAACAUGUACUUGGCAGAAGAUCAUAUUUUAAGUUUCGAGCUUUCCACCACAUCAAAUCCUGCAACUGAUCCUUUCAAAGGCCAUGAAGAUAAAUUAUUUGAUGCUGCACGAUCAUUAUAUUUAAUAAUUAUUGUAAUAGUUUUUAUCUGUUCAAUGGGCAAUCAUCCUCAAGAAACAAAAUUGAUAUAUAUACUCUCAGUACCACCAAUAGAUUUUAGAAGCACUUCAAGUAUUCAAGAAGCUUUAAAGAAUGCAGCGUUCCAGGAUAUAGUAAUUACUGUUUCUUUGACUUACUUACCAUAUCUUUUUUCAUCCUUUAUUCAUUGUGAACCAUGGCACAUUACAAAAAGAGAUAAUACUAAUACUGGCAAUCUGAAUGAUAAGCCUGAAGAAGCUAAUAAAGUGACCAUUAAGAUUAAUGUCAUUGAGAAAAAAGAUAUAGAUGCUUCAUACAAUAACAUUAUCGAUGAGUUAAAAUUAAAGGUCACGAAGAAAAGCAACAUUGUAAUGCCUUUACAAAGAAAGAUGAUUAUUAUAGAUUGUUUAGAACAAAUUUAG